AUGGAUAAUUCGAAAGUGUUAGGUAAUUAUGGACGUGGUAAUUCAGCAAAAGAUAUCUUACAAAAUUCAACGAAUGCAUAUACAUCUCCACUAGCACCAUCAAUAAAUAUUAAUAAUAAUUUAAAUGUAGCUAGUGGACGUGCUGCACAAGUUUUACGUCAAAUAAAACAAUCAUCUUUAUCCAAUUCAUCAAAAGAUCUUUUAGAAAAUCAAUUAUUUAUUCAUUGUACAAUAACUCAAUGGUAUAAAUAUCUAGUUGAGUUUCAACCAAUAAUAACAAGUCGAACAACUCGUUUUAAAAUGAUUAAUCAUCUAUCAAAAUGUCUUGGUGAUUUACAUAAAUUAUAUGAUGGUCAAUUUAUUUAUGUUUCACGACAAUUAUUAAAAGAAACUUUUACCUUUAAUAAUACAACAAUAAAUACACCCAAUGAAGUACGUAUACGUUAUAUUGAAACAAUUAAUAUUGAACAAAUACCAAUGGAUCUCAUUAAUGUUUUAUUUCGAUUAGCAAUUGAUCAAGGUCGAGAAUCGAUUAUGAAUUCAAUAAAUCGAAAUGGUGGACAUCGACAAAAAGUACGUCAUUGGAAUGGUAAAGUUGUAAAUAUUGAACAUAAAGAUGAUGGAAUAUUAUUAACAAUUGAUUUUGUACAAAAACCAUCAACAACAUGUUAUGAAGAAUUGUAA